UUAUCGAAAUUUCAAUUUAUCAAAAUUUUCUUCAAAUCUUCUUUCUACAUUUUCGAAUUUGAUUUAUUUAAAAGAAAAAACAUUUACAAAUUCGAAUAGUAUAAAACAAGAAUAAUGGGAAGAGUAUUUUUAAAACAUAUUGGUGGCCAACGUUUAUAUGUUUGUGCUAGUUGUGAAACACCAUUAACAAAUCGAACACAAUUAUUAAGUACCAGAUUUACUGGAGCAACUGGCCGGGCAUUUUUAUUCAAUAAUGUUGUCAAUUUAAGCUAUAGUGAAGUACAAGAUCGUGUUAUGUUAACUGGACGACAUAUGGUUCGUGAUGUAUCAUGUAAAAAUUGUGAUACAAAAUUAGGAUGGAUAUAUGAAUUUGCAACCGAAGAUAAUCAACGAUAUAAAGAGGGUAAAGUUAUACUUGAACGUGCAUUGGUCAAUGAAACUGAUGGUUUCAAUGAAAAUAUACAGCCCGAAUAAAUUUUAUAAAAUUCAAAUAUUUAAUCUUUAAAAAAAUUAUCAUCAUCAUCAUUAUAAUAAUCAUCAU